AUCCAUUGACGGUCAAAACGAGGUCCUGGCCUCCAUCAACAGUUUCCAGAAAGCGGUCACAAACCACGUGAUGGACGCAAAAGUAACCGGAAGCAUGAAUGGCUCUUAUAGUGUGGACUCAAACUUGACCAUCCACUGGACGAACGCCAACUUCAGUUUAAACGGUGACUACUCCUGCACGUUCUUUGGCUUAAACCAGGAGAACCAAGAAAGGGAAAUUACCCAGAAAUUAACUGUACAGAUGCAAGACACAGACCCAGAAAUACGGGCAACUCCCAGUCAUGUAGUGGAAGGUUUCACGCCAUCUUUGAUCGUGGACUGCUCUCUCACAAAUCUGGCAGUAUACGAUACUUCAGAGUUACAGCAGAUUGAGAUUUCCUACAGUGAGAACGACACGAGCCGUCUGAUUGCAAAACUUGACGGAACUAGUCAGCUUACAGCCUCAACCAACGGCACAGUGUCUCUGGCAGAUGGAUGGGAAGUGAUCAGCACUUACUUUAAGGAUAGAUCCGCAUACCUUGCCGUGAAACUGCUGCAUCCGACCACCAAGGAUUCUGGCAGGUACACCUGUGAUGUCAGCACAAGUAAUUCCACGUCACGCAUUGGGAAAUCAGUCACCGUCACAGCUUCCGUGUCCAGCCAACAGUUCAUCUACGACAUCCUGACAGACCAGGAGAGUUUACAAGAUUACUACCUGUUUGCCUGUAACUUUGAGUAUGGGAUCUGUGGCCUCAACUUGUCCAGACCUAGUAAUCUAUCCAGCUGGACUCUGCUGCCCGACCGACUUCGUGGACAGGGUCUACAUUUUGGCGGUCCACGGCAAGAUGUUUUUGGGCACUACCUCUAUCUGGAAGAAUCCAGCCUGUACAAAAAUAUCCCAUUUACUGUCGAGACAAAGUUGAUACCUCCCAUCAGAAGAACCCUCUGCAUCAAUUUCUGGCUCUAUGUGUCGGGCAGUGUUCGGGAGCUUAAUAUUUACAUCAGACAGAACGGAGUUCUCUCUAAUGUGUACACCCAUGGAGGUUUCUUUAGCGGACCCUGGAGCCACGUAGAGACCGAACUCCCGCCUAUUACCCAGCCCUUCAGUGUGGUUAUCGAAUUCCAAGGCAGUUUCGUCUUCAAGGAUUUUAUCGCCAUUGAUGACCUCAUCAUUUCAGACUUCAACUGCGAGUAG